AUGACGUCUCUCAUCGUGCUCUCAUCGCUCGCGCGCUGCGUUAACCUCGAGGCGUUAACCUCGAGGCGCGCUGUCCUCGCGGCGGCACCGGCGGUGCUCAGCUGCGCCUCCAGCUCACGUGCCGCAGACGCGAGUCCGACUGUGGUUGCCGUUGGUACUGUCCUGCAGAAACCCGACGCCGCCGUGCCAAGCGGCGCAGCCGCGCUCUAUGUCACAGCUCGGCCAGCCUCCUCCGAAGGCGCGCUGCAGGCCGGGGCGAAAACGCCGCCGAUUGCCUCGGCACGCUUUGCGACGCCGCUCCUUUUCCCCUUCGAGUUU